CGGAGGCAGGUUUAAUUGCGUUCGAGCUGCUGGAUAGUCGUAUUAAAAGCAGAAAACCUGGAUUGAUGUUUAAGUUGGAUAUCGAGAAGGCUUUCGAUAACGUGAGUUGGGGUUGUCUUUUUAAUGUCUUGACUGCAGUGGGGUUUCCUCAAAAAUGGCAAGAGUGGAUUCGGGGUUCGGUGUGUUCGUCGACCAUCUCUACUAUGAUUAACGGAGAAGCCAAAGGCUUCUUUCCUGUGGAAAAGGGCCUUCGGCAAGGCGAUCCGCUUUCUCCAGGGCUCUUUGUUCUCAUCAUGGAUGUACUGUCUUUUUUUAUAUCCAAGCUGCGUGAUGAUGGAAAAAUUAAGGGCUUCUGUAUGGAUGAGUCGAAUGGAAGAGGCGAGGUGACUCACCUGCUUUUUGCGGACGAUACGCUGAUUUUCUGUGAGGCAUCCUAUGAGCAGGUCCUAAACAUUUUGGGUACGUUGGUGUGUUUCCAGGCGGUUUCGGGAUUGCAGAUCAACCUGGAAAAAUCAACCAUGUUCGUGGUUGGAGACGUUCCUAAUCCAGAUUUUUUUGCUAGCAUUUUUGGGUGCAAGUGGAGCUCGGAACCCUCGAAAUAUUUGGGGUUUCCCCUUGGUGCGAAGGUGAACUCAGCAUCUACUUGGGAUUCUAUCAUCAAUAAAUUUGAAAAGAGACUCGAAGGGUGGAAGGCCAGGUUUCUAUCGUUAGGAGGAAGGUUAGUUCUUAACAAUUCAGUUCUUAACGGCCAGCCCAAUUAUUAUUUCACUCUGUUUCGUGCUCCUUGCUCCGUGCUCAACAGGAUCGAAAGAAUACAGAGACGGUUUAUUUGGUGUGGAACAGAUGACAGUAAGAGGGGUGCUUUGGUUAGAUGGGAUCUGUGUAGGGCAAGAAAGACCGAUGGUGGACUUGGAGUUCGGGAUCUCAAAAGUUGUAAUAGAGCCUUGCUUUGUAAAUGGUUGUGGAAGUUUGGUGUUGAGAGGGGCAAAUGGUGGAGGGAAUUGAUUUUGGUUAAGUUCCCGUCGAGCUCAUCGGAGUGGGAAAGUAAGAGAUGUAGAAGUGGAUUUGGAAUGUCUGCCUGGGCAAAUAUUACUAAGGGGUACGAUACUUUCUGGAGGGUCGCGCGAGUGGACCCUGGCGGUGGGGCGUGGGUGUCGUUUUGGGAUGACUGCUGGGUUUCGAACCGGCCUCUUGCCAUUACCUUCCCUCGAGUAGCCGCUGCAGCCUCGGAGCGAAGCGCCUGGAUCUCUGAUAUCGCAGAAUUUCAAGGCUUGUCUGGAUCCCAAAUCCGGAAAAAACUUUCUCUGUUUCUGAUCUGUACAGGUACCUGUCGAACAUUUUGUUCCCGGGGCUGCCGGAGUUCCCGGCUGAUUCAGUUUGGAGGAAAUGUAUCCCGUCGAAGAUCAAUGCAUUCUUGUGGACUGUCGCGCACAAAAGAAUCCUCACCCUUGAUAAUCUUCAGAAAAGAGGAAUGUCAUUGGCGAAUAGAUGCUGCCUGUGCCUUAAAGACUCGGAAUCCAUUGAUCACCUGCUGGCGGGAUGUGAUUUCACGAGAUGUAUUUGGAACGAGAUGAAAGAGAGGUGUAACAUUGAGAUGGUUCCUUGCGGCGAUAUCGUCAGCAUCAUUGACAAUUGGAAGGCGGAGCAACCCUCUGAUCCACACGAGUGGGUUGCUUAUUGUGCCCUCCAUUCGAUUUGCUGGCAGGUAUGGUUGGAAAGGAACCGCCGUCUGUUCGAAGAUAAAGCUAUCCCCGCUUCCUCGGUUCUCAGGAAGGCGAUGUACGCAAUUGUUGAAUGGCUCGUGGCUCAUGGCAAGAUCAGCAGAUCGCAAGGGACGCAGUGGAUGUGGCCUGGUCGGAAUCAGUGAUGGAUCUCGUCUUCUUUGCUGCUGAAGGUCGGCCUUUGUAGGUUUCCUUUGUCGAUGUGAUGGUCGCGUCGCGCGCCCUGCUGCCGCUGCGCUGCUGUUGUCAUGGGUUUUGUUCUUUGUCUUUUGUCCUGGUCCCUUAGAGGUUUCGUUGUUGUCUGCUGCUGUGCUUGCUGUCCUUUUAUUUUGUUUAUUCUUUCUCCUCUUUUUCGUUUUGUGAGAGCAGGGGCAUCCGGGUUUGCCUAGCUCCUUUUGGUGCUUGCACUUCUUGUGCAAGCUUUUUUCUUUCCUUGGAUUGCAGUUGUUGUGGACUAGGUUUUUCGUUUCGUUUAAUCAAUAUAAUCAUCACC